UAUCAUAAAAUAAUUGUUUUGCGUCCUGUGAGUCUCGGUGGCGAUGUUCAGAUACCACAACGACAUAGUGUGAAUACCUACAAUGUUUGUUGAUGCCAUUGAAGACUUCAAUUUAUGACAUUCAAUGUAGUUCCUGAUCAAAGCUACACAAAUGAAUUCAGACGUCAGAAAUUUCAUUAUUUCAUGGUGAUUGACUUUGAGGCAACGCGCGAUAGGUUCAAGCAACCAAAUUCUCAAGAGAUAAUUAAAUUUUCAUCUGUUCUGGUUAAUAGUUUGACGGGAGAGAUGGAAGAUUGCUUUCAGACAUAUGUUCGUCGUACUCAUCAUCCUGUCUUGACUGAUUUCUAUAAGAAGCUCACAAGCAUCCAACAAACACAUGUGAAUAGUGGCGUCUCUUUGAGCAAGGCCAUAUACAUGCAUGAUAAAUGGUUGCAGGAGCGAGAAAUUAAAUGCACAAAUUUUAUUAUCGUGAUUUGGACCGACUAUGAUUGUCGUACAAUGUUGGAACCGGAAUGCAAAUUCAAAGGAAUCUUUAAGCCUUCAUAUUUUAAUAGAUGGAUCAAUUUAAAUAUUGCAUUUCAUGAGGUAUUUGAGCGUGUUCAUUUCAAUUUAGAAGAAGCUGUAAAAUUGGCUGGCUUUACUUGGGAGGGACGUCCUCAUUGUGGCUUUGAUGAUGCCCGCAAUACUGCUCGACUUCUGCUUCAACUUAUGCGUUGAGGCUUCUCAUUCUCCAUUACUAGUUCUAUUGAAUAUCGUCAAACCUCUUCCAGUAGCCAGUUGAAUUCUCAAAGUAAAAAUUGA